GCGCAUUGAUUGGCAAUGGAUGGAUGAUGUAUGUGCCUCUUUCAUUCACUUUGUUCAGUGGGAAACCAAGGAGAAGGGCUGGCUGUUAGGGUUCUUCUAGCGAGUACUGCUGUGGAAUCCGGAGAGGAGAAAACUCUACGCGAUCGAAAUGGGUCGUCAACCACCACACUUUGAAUUCCUCUAUUUUUCCAUCAUCUUUCUGAUGACUCUACUUUCUCAAGCUACUGGAAGAUUAGGCCCAAUUGUUUCUCUGCCAAAACCUGCUGCUCUUUCUUCUUUCAACAUCAACUCCACCAUUCAAACCUUAAAGAGUGUUGAAACCUGUGAUUUCUCAGUGACCAUUGUCACAAGCUGUUCUUCCCCUUCCCCCACAAGAGACCAAGUCAGUCUUACCUUUGGCGACGCCUAUGGCAAUCAGGUAUAUGCGCCAAGGCUUCACGACCCGUAUACCAGGACAUUUGAGCGAUGCUCAUCAGACACGUAUCAGGUAUACGGCCCGUGCACGCAGCAGAUAUGUUACUUGUACAUAUACCGGAGCGGAUAUGAUGGGUGGGUCCCGCACGAUAUCACGGUCUACGGGUACAAUAUCAUGCCAGCCGCAUUCCGCUACAAAGACUCGCCCAUACCCGCGGACAUGUGGUAUGGGUUGGACUACUGUUCUGGUGGUGCCAAGGCUGAGUUCUUGUGGGGAUGGGUCUUAUUGUCAAGUUUAGUCACUGUUUUGUACACACUUGUGGGGGGCAGCUCAUGAGUCAUGAGGCUUGUUAUCUUUAGCUUGUUCCUGUUCCUGAAUUAUUCAGCCCAUUUUUACAAGUACCUAUGGUCUAUGGUAUGUAUUUAAAAGUAUGGGUGCUUGUGUAUGUUUAUUCUAAUCUUGGGUACUUUGGAAGCAAACUGUGUAUGCCCUUGACUUUGCAUGUAUUAUUCUCUCUCUUUGACUUCACGGAGUUAAAAAAAGUGUUGAAAAGUAUGGAGUAAAAAAAUAUGUUAUUG